AUGACCGACCUUUACUUAGCUGAAGGAUCUAGCAAAUGCAUUAAGAUCUGUACCUUCGGUUCAGUCAGAGGAUCCCCUCCCAGCAGCACCUCAGAAUCAUGCAGCACCUCAGAAUCCUGCAGCACCUCAGAAUCCUGCAGCACAGGUGCCUGCUGCUCAAGUAUAGGCGCUAGGCACAUCCGAGGUCAAGACCCCUGCCAAGGUGAACAGCGGCAAUGGAAUUGUACUGGAGAAGGUCAAGCUGCUGGCAAUCACCCAGGCCAGCGACAGCGCCACCAAGUUGCAUCCUAUUCCCCAAUCCUGCAUCCUACCCCAAAUCCUGCAUCCUACCGCAAUCCUUCAUCCUACCCCAAUCCUGCAUCCUACCCCCAAUCUUGCAUCCAGCCCCCAAUCCUGCAUCCAGCACCCAUGCAAUCCUGCAUCCUAUUCCCCAAUCCUGCAUCCUACCCCAAAUCCUGCAUCCUACCGCAAUCCUUCAUCCUACCCCAAUCCUGCAUCCUACCCCCAAUCCUGCAUCCUACCCCCAUUCCUGCAUCCUACCCCAUUCCUGCAUCCUACCCUAAUCCUGCAUCUUUACCCCCAAACCUGCAUCCUAACUCAAUCCUGCAUCCUACCCCAAUCAUGCAUCCAGCCCCAAACCAACAUCGUACCCCCAUACCAACAUCUACCCCUAAUCCUGCAUCCAACCUCAAUCUUGCAUCCAACCCCAAACCAACAUCCUUUCCCUAA